UCUAUGUAUGGCCGCCAUUUUGUCCACCGCCCAGCGAGCGAAGAGCCUGUGGGAGUGUGCCCGCUCGUGAAGUGUGGUUGGUGGCCGUGUUUGGUGGUUUUUGUUGUUUUCCGCGCGAUCGUCCCGUGCCAGUGUGGUGCUCCAACGGUGUGUCGGUGGUGGUGUCUGUGGCGUUUUCUCGGGAGACGCCAAGAAUUGUGCUUUUAUCGCGUCUCCUGUCGCCGGCAGGGGAACUCGGUCGCAAAGUGGCCCGGAACAGUUGUUAACCCAUCGAGCGGGUCGCCCUUCACAGAAUGCAAGCGAUAAAGUGCGUGGUCGUCGGUGACGGUGCCGUCGGUAAAACCUGUCUCCUCAUCAGCUACACCACCAAUGCCUUCCCUGGCGAAUAUAUACCCACAGUGUUCGACAACUACUCGGCCAAUGUUAUGGUCGAUGGCAAGCCCAUCAAUCUUGGCCUGUGGGAUACAGCUGGUCAAGAGGACUACGACCGACUUCGGCCACUCUCCUACCCACAGACGGAUGUCUUUCUCAUCUGCUUCUCUUUGGUCAACCCAGCAUCCUUUGAAAACGUCAGGGCGAAGUGGUAUCCCGAGGUGAGCCACCACUGCCCCAACACACCCAUUAUCCUAGUGGGCACCAAACUGGACCUUCGAGAGGACAAGGACACCGUAGAGAAGCUGCGUGACCGCAAGCUCGCCCCCAUCACCUACCCGCAGGGGCUGGCCAUGGCCAAGGAGAUUGGGGCUGUCAAGUACCUCGAGUGCUCGGCCCUCACCCAGAAGGGACUGAAAAACGUCUUCGAUGAGGCCAUCCGCGCUGUGCUUUGCCCGCAGCCCAAGCCCAAGAAGCGGCGUCCCUGCUCACUGCUCUGAGUCCCUCUAUGUGGCUGUUUCUGCUCUUACUCCUCGAAUCUGCUCGUCUAGGCGUCACUCACAGGCGGGGGCAUGGCCGCCUGCGAGCAUUCUCUGUUUAGGCGCGAGCUGCUCCUUGUUUUUCUUCUCCUCCGACUUGCCUACAUUGCGACCUUCUCAUAGUUUUGUUUUUCUUCUCUGCACUAGCUCAUCAGAUCCAUGCUGGUCAUUUGAACUAAGUGCUGAUGCCCAUCCGUUGUGCUCAGGUGAUGUAGCUUGAUGAUGGCAUGCUGUUCUUUUAGCUGGAGUUAGGAAAUGUAUUUGGUUUUUAACGGAUAGUGUUUGCUAAGUUAAUGUUUCUGCUCGUGAGCCAUUAACUGCUGUCGUCUGCUGGCAGUGCUGACAAAGCUUGUUGAGGCUUUACCUAGCAAUGAGUGCCCAUUCAAGUGUGGACACUUUUGUUUUUACAUAUGAUGAUUAGCAUUUUUGUCAUGGUAAUUUUUUGUAGCACUGAUUGUCACUGAUUGCCAGUGUUGCAAGCAUACUAUUCGUUUGCUUUAUUGCCAAUUGUCGACUUUUUGCCUCAUUCAACUCAUCCGUUCUCAUCUGCAGCAACUUUAUACACAUAUGAACCUUUUUUGUGCCUUCGUACAUACACGAACUCUAUGACAGUUUUUUUCUUAGCUAAGGCCGUGAGCAGCUGGCCUGACCUGUUGACCAGCUGGCUUGUGUCCUUUCUACCAGUUAAUAUUCUUUAAGGUGUUAGCUUUUUCUGCAUGUGCUAGCUAAGCUAGAAUGCAAAAAACUUCUCCUAACAUUGAAAACCAUUGCCUAGUAUCAGACUUACGAUGCUGUGAGUUUUGCCUACGAAUUGCAGUCACUGCUUGUGACAGAAAAGCUGCAAAUUAGUUUGUGACACUGCCUGCAGACGAUAGCGUACAUAUGCAAAAAGUCUUACAAAUAUGAAGGGCCCACUAAUUAUGUGCCUCUCAACGGCAGAUGUUGAAUGGCAUUGCGACGCCAUCUCACCUGCACUUUGUGCCGCAGGAGUUGAUAAAACAUAUCGCCCGACAGGAAGUGCAGCGCAUGCGUAAGUGCAUGCUGUUCGGUGCAAUUUGUGUUGCUUGCCGCGAUUUCGACUUAGCGCACUGUUGGCCUAACUAGGUGAUGAAAGAACUGUGACCGCCUUUUUUUUUUUCUUCUUGACUGACAAGUUGCCAAAUGUGACAGAUGGUGUAAUGCAAGCCAGUAAUCUAGCGACUUGGCUUGGCAGUAUGGAGUGGCUUUGUAGUGGACCGGCACACAGCCGGCCGUGAUGCGAAAGUUUUUAAAGGAUGUACGCUGCGCCAUCACACGUAGGGCACUUGAGUUGCAUCCCAAUGUGCAAUUGUUUUUCGCAGCGCGAUGCCAAGGCUGUUGUGACUAUCGAAAUGAACUUUUUUGACAGUUGUUGGGUUUCAUCGCUGUCAUUGCAUCGUGCGUUUUUUGCACUCAUCCUGUCACAAGUGACGCCCCUACUCGCGUGGCUUGCCCUUAUUCGUUUCGCCCUCCCACCGUUUCUCGAAGGAACGUGCUCCCGUCUCAUCUUACAUGCAUAGCGUGGUUUCUUUGUACAAAAAAAGAAAGUUUUCAUAUACAGGCUUAGGACAGCGACAAGUACGCUGUAUACUUUGGACCUUUGCUACUUCCUAACGAAAGUGCGAGGCUUAAACUAGGAACAGCAUUUCACUCUAAAGAUUUUUCAUUCAUGUUAAAUGUUGAUUUUUUUUCUUGUGCCUUUAUUUAACCAGCAGUGUUGUGGUCGAUCUUGUAUUUUGGCUGUUUGAGUAUGAGGUCACUGUCGUUUCUGACUGUACACCCAUUCUUAGUUAUUCUGACUGUACACGGCCUCUGCUACACGGAGGCCUUGUCAGUGACAUUAAUAUAGUUACAGUCAAUUCUGGAGUGACAUAAUUAGCCUCCUGUCUCAAUUUAAUUAAUUAAAUUAAGUUGGUAAUAUUGUUUUGAGUGUAAAUAGAGCAUUGCGCGGCAUUUCUCAGCAGGAUAUUAUUUUGUAGUUUUUUUGUGACAAUUGUAAACAGUAAGCGCGUCACUAUGUUGUGGCACAAAAACAACUAUUUGCGAUGGAAAUGCUGGUAUUCAGUUUUAUUUUUCUUAAGAUCUCCCACCUUUUGCAAAUGCACGUGUUAACAUUUUUCGGCUGUGGCUUUGUGCUGGUAAUGUUUUUUUCUUUGUAUUCGAUCAUUUCCACUACGCUCCUGAAUUAAGAUUUUUUAUUAUGCGCAAGUGGUGAGAAUUGCCCAAAGUUUGCAGCGCAGUGCCGCAACGUCUGUUCUUGGCAUACCAACAGCACUGUCAAGUUGUAGACGACACGAAAUGCUGUACAAACCUUGUGAAGGAAGGCCUGUCAAGAUGUUGCGCUAUUGUUCAGUUACUGUAACGAAUUAUACGGUUGUUUAUCAAACAUU